AUGGCGGGCACUGUCUCCUUCCGCGGAAGAGACUGGAUUCACUUCGGCCUGCGCAUCCUCUUCUGCGCAUCUGCAAUCGCUCUUCUGGCCGUCACAGCACGCCUAGCAACAGGAUGGGGAGGAGACAAUGAGGAACCCCCGAUUUUGCUUCCCAUCGUUCUAGCCACAGCUUCCCUUACGAUCGUCACAGACGUCCUCGCUCUAUUCUUUCUUUUCCGGUAUAUCGGCUUCAUCACGGCGACGGCCAUCCUCGACAUCCUCGUCAUCAUCCUCUGCGCUGUUGGGGCUGUCUCCCUUACAGAGGGUGACUUUGCUUUCUACUGGGGGCUUUACUAUCAUGAUUACCUGUCAAUGUCGGGGCAGGCGGAGAUUAUCGUCUUUGCGUUGAAUAUUCUUGUCGCGGGCCGGUUGGUGAAUGAGGAUGCUAAGGAAGUGCCAGUUCAGGCGCAGGUCUGCUACCAAUAG